GGUGGAUGUUGGUCGGUGCUGGUCGGUGCUGGCGGUGCUGGUCGGUGCUGGUCGCGGUCUCUAGAGUUCCACAUACACUAAUAAAUUGCUCUACUACAUACUACAGUGGAUAGCAGCCAGCUUGUGAAGGAUAUAUACUACUUUGGAAGAGUAGUAUACUCUUCUAGAUCAGCACUACUGAAAUGGUCACUACGAAAUGGUACUAUUCUAGUAUCAACAAGCUUCGAUAGGUGCGAUUGAGGGGCGGAGCGAUGGACGCCAUGGGAUGCCAUGGAUGCCAUGGAUGCCAUGGACGCCAUGGAUGUCAUGGAUGCCAUGGGAUGCCAUGGACGCCAUGGAUGUCAUGGAUAUUCACGAUCUGCAGGAUCUGAGCUAAGUUUUUACCCCGCAAUCGACAUCAUCGAAGACUCAUCAGCGCACAUACCCCCCACGCCGAAGCAAAAGCUGAAGAAACAUCAGUACGACAACAUUACGUCCCUCUCACCGACUGUACCACGCACUGCACUGUCUGCAGCUCAGUCUCAGCCCUCCCACCGCUUCCAGCCAAACGCGCCGUUCCCACCACACCACCCUGUCGCAGGGCUGACAAAGAUUGGCCAUCAUGGGUAUAGCUACCCUCCCGCUCCAAUGGCGUUCCCUAGUGAAGAUGUGGCACAAGGUAAAUCUACAUGUGACGGGGCUCAUUCAUACAUCUACUUUACCCCUCCAUCGACUAGGCCAUGGUGUCACAUUAAUGAGUCUGUGUCUCGGCGGCGGCGAGAUGACGAGAAUCGCAAUAUCGAUGUGGGAGUGAUACUAAAAGCAAUAUCGACGUGGAAGUGGAAGUGAGAUGCCGCAAUAUCAAGUCUGUGUUAUAUCACUCCACGGGUGCUAUCGGCUAUAUGCACCCACUGAGAUAUUAUACCCUGCAUUACGAUAUCCCUCGUACUGUUCUAGCCUCCCCAGCGUUGCCAGACCUCCUUCCUAGCCGCCAAGGAUGGCUCAGCCUUAUCCAUUGCGCGUCCCGCCUUGGGUUGGUCGUGGGAUUUGGGUUUCAAUGCAUGUAAACAGGCCGCCGGCAUCCGCGCAUGUCCGUGUAGCACAGCCAUCCGGGUGAGACGGUGGUUAGAAUGAUCAUCCUGUUCUUUGCCUAGAGGAGUAGUAGAGAGAGAAAGUUGAAAAUAUUGGCUAGUGGUAAAGCUGCUCACAUGCAUCCCGAGCAUCAUACAGUAUCACAAUACAGUAUCACUAUAAAGC